UGAAUGAAUGUUUGCUUGACUUGAGCUGUUAGGCAAUAGAAAGUCAAGUAAAUUCUUUAACUGCCAGUCAGUUGAGAGAGUUCGUUUUGCAAAGUCAAAGCCGCAUAAAUAAAAUAAAAAAAAUUAAAAGAAGAAAAGUAAAUAAAUAAAUGAAAAAUUAAAAAAAAAAAUAAACCGAGCAAUAUCUGUUGUGAAUAAAUAUUGCGAGUGAGUGAAAAGUAACAACAAGUGUUAAAAACAACACAAUAACAUUUAUAUGUUAUGUCUUGUAAAUACGCUAAGGCGACAAGAAGAACAAGAACAGCAAUAACGACAUCAUGUGCCUUUCGACGAUACCCAUCACUAAUGAAACUAAGGAACAAACUGCCGCCUCAACAAUAAUUGCAUCAACAUCAAGCGCAACUACGACAACUCCUCCUACAUGUUCUUCUAGUCAAUGUGUAUUAAAUAGAUCAUCAUCACCGGCAACACUACAAUUAGAAACAGAUUGCAACGGCAAUAACAAUGAAGUUAACCAAAACAGUAUUAAACAGCGUAAACAAAAAAAUAUAUUAAAUGGACAACAACAACAACAACAACAACAACAACAACCGCAACAGCAACAACAUGUACAAACCAAAUGCUUAGAUGAUAAUUUAGGUUAUAACGAAGAAAAUGCCGUCUAUAAGGAAUUAAUUAAGGCCAAGGAGUCACUAAUGCCAGCAAACAUAAUGGAAGAAACGUUAAGCCAUGAAGAACAUCAACCAAAAAUACGAUGGUUAGAUUUAAUGGCACAAUUAUUUUUACACGUAGGCGGCUUAUAUGGUUUUUAUUUAUUGUUCUCAGCGAAAUUAUUAACAUUUCUUUGGGUCAUCAUUAUCAUAUGGGUUUCAGGUAUUGGCAUAACAGCCGGCGCACAUCGUUUGUGGUCCCACAAAUCAUAUAAUGCUUCUUUAACAUUACGAAUAUUGUUAAUGUUCUUGUUCACCAUAGCGGGUCAGCGUGAUGCGUAUACUUGGGCUUUGGAUCAUAGAAUUCAUCACAAAUUCUCAGAAACUGAUGCCGAUCCGCAUAAUGCUAAGCGAGGUUUCUUUUUUGCUCACGUCGGCUGGCUGUUUUUGACUCCGCAUCCUAAGGUUGUAGAGAAGCGAAAAAUUAUCGAUAUGUCAGAUUUGGAACGAGAUCCGGUCGUUAUGUUUCAACGUCGUUGGUUUAUACCAUUGUUUGCAAUUUGUUCGAUUGGUUUGCCUGCAUUGAUUCCAUGGUAUCAAUGGGACGAAUGUUUAUGGCGUUCAUUUUGGAUCAAUUUUAAUAUGCGCUUUUGUUGCACCUUAAAUGUGGCAUUUUUUGUAAAUAGCGUCGCCCAUAUGUGGGGCCGUAAGCCAUAUGAUAAGAACAUUAGCCCCGUCGAAAGCCCGAUGGUAUCAUUUUUAGCUUUAGGCGAAGGUUGGCAUAACUAUCAUCACGUUUUCCCGUGGGAUUAUAAAACCGGUGAAUUCGGUAAUUACAAGUUAAAUGUUACAACCGCUUUCAUAGACAUUUGUGCUAAAUUUGGUCUAGCCAAUGGACGUAAACUAGUUUCGUGCGAUAUGAUUAAACGACGUGCUUUGAAAUGCGGAGACGGUUCCCGUUUCCUUACUGAUGAGUUUGCCCACAAAAAUCAAGUCUGGGGUUAUGGUGAUAAAGAUCUAAUGCCAGAAGAUUUACAAGAGCUUAAUAAAAUGACAAAAUAGUUUCGUUCCUUUCUUUUAUUAAAUAGAAUAAAUAAAUUAAAAAUUGAA